GUUUUGUGUUUGCGUGCUGAGUGGGUGGGGUAGAGAAUAAUUGACGGGUUUGUUGUGGAGGAUCUGAGUGCGGGGAGAUCUACUGCUACCUGGGGGUUGAGAAGAAGGCUGAACCGGACACACACACACAUAUCAAUCAUCACCGCGUAAUUAUCUCACCGAAUUUCGGCAAGCUAGUGACGUCAUUUUAUUAUUAUUAUUGUUUUACAGCUCUGAUAUAGUUGCGUGUUCAUUCGUUAAUUGUUGCACAGAGUGUGUGUGAGAGAGAGAGUGAGAGAGAGAGUGAGAGAGAGGGUGUGUGUGUGAGUGUGUGUGAGUGUGUGUGAGAGAGAGCGCGCGCGCGUGUGUGUGAGAGAGAGAGAGAGAGAGAGAGUGUGUGUGUGUGUUGCACACAUUUCUGUAAGAUCUGGGAGGCAGGGUGGAGGUCAUAUCAGGGUUCUGUAGUAGGUUUGGACACUUAUGUCGUUUAUUUCAGAGUGCAUUAGCGCUAGGAAGCUAGCGAAGACGUGUUUUUUACGUGGACACACACACACACAGGCGGAGGAGCGCGCGUGCAGCGUUUACGGAGACCGACGACACCGAGUCGUGUUGUGAUGUGAUGUCGUAAAGACUUGAACGAAACAGGAGAACUCGGAUGAAGCGAGCACAGCUUUACGGCUGAAGUAACGGUAACAUAGCUUGCUAGCUUGCUAGCUGGCUUAGCCGAGCUAGCUCUGUAUCUCCAGCCGCCUUCCCGAACACGACCCGCCGCUCGCGCACCAGGAACACCGGAAUCCCAACCGCAGUUCAUGUUCCGCCACGAAGUCGGCGUCCUGUCGUUCAUUCCGUCCUGUUCCUACCUGUUCCAGUACGAGAAGAGGAACAUGUCACGCUACAACAUCUACAGCCUGCUGGACUGGAUGUACGGCGGAGUGGACCCCCGGUUCGAGGGGAACGGAGGGCCCGAGUGCGCCGCCUUCCUGCCGCCCUGGCAGCGCGCGUGCGAGAGCCUGGUGUUCGUGCUGCUCUCCGUGGCCGAGGUGAUCGUGUCCGCGCGCAACAUCAACGUCUCGAGGGCGCACCGGGAGGCCGUGAGGGACACGCGCCGACACAAAGAGGACAGUCUGGGCAAGAACCUGCUGCUCGCCGCCCUCUGCAUCACGUUCGGGGUCGAGGUGGGCUUCAAGUUCGCCACCAAAACCGUCAUCUACCUGCUGAACCCCUGUCACGUGGUCACCAUGAUACAGAUCUUUCUGCUGGCGUGUCCACCCUGUAAAACAGCCAUGGUGGUUUUUAGGCUUCAGGUUCACAUGCUGAACGGCGCCCUGUUAGCGCUUCUCUUCCCCGUCGUCAACACAAGAUUACUUCCCUUUGAGAAGGAGAUCUACUACAUCCAGCACUCCAUGCUCUACCUGGUGCCCAUCUACCUGUUCAGAAAAGGAGGUGUGUACAAACCAGAGCCGCUGGGUGAUAUGUGGUGGGCGUUAUUAUCCACAGGCAUCCUCUUCCUCUACCAUUUUGUGUUCCUGCAGGGACUGGGAAUGGUGACCGAGGUGAAUCUGAACAACAUGCUGUGUCCGGCCGUGUCCGAUCCGUUUUACGGGCCGUGGUACCGCGUGUGGGCCACCGCCCACCAGACGGCGCUGACACUGUUACAUGGCAAAGCGCUCACCGUCAUCUGCCAGCAGGCCACGCCCGCUCUGUGUCACCUGCUCCACUCGGCCCGCCUACGUUCCAAGAAAGUCGACUGAAACUCCGAGCACAACAGCUGCAAAAAUCCAAACUACGUUGUUUUAUAUAUUCUUCUUCUUCUUCUUCUUCUUAUUAUUAUUAUUAUUAUUAUUUCCUCUCCUAACUGGUGAUAACAAAAGGUCAAACUAGGCUUGUACGAUAUAACGAUUUAAUCGUCUCUACACGUAUUACACUGCCGCCAUAUCAGUGACGUUUACUCUCAUUAUUAUUAUUAUUAUUAUUAUAUAUUAUUAUUAUUAUUAUAUAUUAUUAUUAUUAUAAUAUUUCCAGACCUGACCAUUUUUUACACGUGUUGCAUAGUUUGAGUUUUCUCUCAAAAAUACUCCAGAAGAGCGGUCGUCUUUUUCUCUCCGAUUAAACGGAUGAUCUAACCGACACAUGAAUCUGGAAUGAGCCCCGCCCCACCCAGCCCCGCCCCGCCCCCUUCCCUCCAUCUCACGCCCUCACAUCUGGACUCGCUGCGCGCUCUCGCUUUCCGUCAGCGUGAACGCGGAAGGUCUCGAGUUCAUCAAUGCGAGAUGAAGUCCGAGUGUGUGUUCGACUCGGCGAACGUUACACACGUGUACAGGGAACAUCAGUCACGGUUUUAUUUUAUUAGCGAUAAUAAAAAAAAAUCGCCUGUAGAUGGUUUUGGAAGAUUUGGGAAAUUCCAAAAAUGCUAACCUGAAGGGAAAUAUUCCUACAGCGAAGUGUUCGGGUUAACACGUUAUACACUGUUGUUGUUGUUGUUGUUGUUGUUGUUGUUGUUGUUUUAAUCACGUGGAGCAGCAGAUGGACCGUGGACGUGUCGGUCAUAUUGUCAUUACUGUAAAUGUCCUGUUCUGGUUUCUUUAACUAUAAAUCCUCCAGCAGCUGCGGUGUGGUGAUUGGCUCCGCCCGGUCAGCGGUUCCCGACCGCACAGCUGGAGAUAUCAUCACUCCUCCCCGCUCUCCGUACACUGACGCGGUGGACAUCCGGCUCGAUCGUCCUUAUUUUAAGGAUCUCAGUUCUGGAUGAUUCAAUUGUUUUUCAUGAUUUUUAUUUUAUUAUCAUUUUUUUAAAUGGUAAAAAUCUACACGCAGAAGCCCGGGUCCGAGUGUUGCGGAGUGUCUCGUGUCCCUGACGCAGGGAGACGCUGUAGGUCAGUGUUUUAUAGAAAAACAUGUACCGGUUGGUCUGAGGACGUUACGCAGCUCAACCCUGUGCUUGUUUUUGAGGUUCUGCUCAUUUAGAGCAGACUCUUUAUCUUCAGUUGCCUUUUUAUUAUUAUUAUUAAUUUUUUUUAUUUAUUUUUUUUUUUAUUAUUAUUUGUGACAUUUCUUGUACAGUCGUGUGGAGCCGGCGCUCCAUGUUUACUCGAACACGCCCCAAACCCGAACCGUGUGCUCGCUCUUUCACAUCUCCUCCCAUCUCCUCCCACCUCACCUCCUCCCACCUCCUCUCCUCUCCUCGGUCUCCGGCGGCGUUUAGUUCGCAGCGUAGUUUAACGUGUCGUAAACCGCAUCCGCGUGUCGACGUUGUGUUCGUAUCGGUGUGUCGCGCUUUUUAACGCUUCCUGCUUUUCACCUCAGUAACUUUUAGCUCGUCUGUACAUCAGUUUUGGAGCGACGGACGAUGACGGUGAAAUCCUCACUUCCGGACCGAACCAGACCGGAUUUUUCUCGACGUUUUUAAUUUAAAAACGCCUCAUUUUUUCCUUUUUUUUUUUUUUUUUUCCUUCCCAGCCGCAAGCCUCAGAUGUCGUACUUCUCGAACAUCUCCAUUUAUUUUUUGUUGUUUUGUUUGCUCAUAAAACUUCUCCAUAUUGCACCUUAACACGUUUCUGAAAGAGAAAACGUUGUCAUACCAUGGGCAGGGGGAAGAGGAUAAAUAGUUUUGGGUCAUUUCUCAGUUGCUGUUGUUUUUGAUAUUAUUAUUUUUUAUUAUUUGAGAGACUUUCUCCUGAGGAGCCGAGACCUGAACGUUUUGUCUUCGGGAAAAACCUGUCAGGAAAAUGAGGGAUGUACAGAUGUUGAUUAAUCAUCUGAAAAUGAAUCAUUCCGGUUUCAGUGUAUAGACAUCGAUGCGCCUGUCAAACACUCAAACUCUCUCACACACACACGUGUACACACACACACACACACACACACACACACACUUCAGAAACAGGUUUGAUUUGAGCAGCUGGAUCUCAGCAGGGUUCUCCAGAUGGUGUUUCCUCCAGGAACUGGGAACAUCUGGAUCCGAGACGACGGACUGAAGGGGAUUUUGUGUGUUUGUUUUUUUUAAUGUACAUAUUUUUGGUGAAGUAUGUACUGUAUUGUGGUAAUGAAAAAUAAAAGUCCUUCUUCGAGCGGUCCGUCGAGUCGGUGUAUUCGUGUGAAAGGUUAGAGCUGCUCCUCCCCUCAAACACGAAUGAAUGAGCUUUUCAAAACAAGCUGCUUUUCUGUUUCGCGGUCAUGUUCGUGAGAAAUCCAGUGUAGAAGUCUUUAAACACUGGACACAAAGUCCCAGAAUGCAACGCGGCUACGUGACAGGUAGUUGCCAUGCGCGAGAUGAGCAGCUCGAUGUGAAAGUCGAAGCUCUGGACGGUGAGAGAAGUGGACAGAACGAAGGACUAAAGCGCCGCUGCAUCGCUGUCAUUCACGCUGCUCUCAGCAUGGCAUUGUGGGUAAUGUAGGAAACCCUCAAUCAAAACUGAAGACAAGUUCAUAACUCGGAAUUCCUGACCUCGAGACUAGGAAAAAAAUAAAACGCCCUCUCUACUGGGAAUUCCUCAGUCGGGGCGUUAUCAAUCACGUAAAAACCGAAAACAGGUUGUUUUUUUUACCCCAAUUGUAGCAAAAAUUCCCAGUUCAGACUUCCCGCGUCCAAUUGAGUCUGAUCCGAUCCAAUCCUACUUUAGAUGUAGACGUUUAACUCUGAAUUUCAUUUCAAAAUAAAUGGAUUUUUGGUCUUUAAGGAUGCAGCGGCGCUUCUGGGUAAAAAGAUCAGCUUCAUUACAACACACAAGGAAAGGCGAAUAAAUCCGACACCACCGAACGACUGUUCUUUCAGAAUAUUUUUUUAUUGGAUAAAUGAUUUAAAAGGUAAUAACAAGGUUUAAAACUACAUCAUCGCCACAGCUCACAUACCCACUGAUAAUCCAUCUAGAUACGAGUUCCCUCGACACAGGCUUUUUAUUACAGCUUUUGUCUUUUUUUUCUGUUUUUUUCCCCCUCCUUUUUCUUUAUUUAUCUUUUUUUUUUCCUUUUUUUUUAAUUUUUUUUUAUUUUUUUUUUUAAACGUCGAGUCAUGAAUCUUUAAUAAAUGCCCGUUUCAAGUUUCUUCACACAUUAAUAUCAAAUUCAGGUGAGGAGGAAGAAGAGAAGGUUCUAGUUCUACAGG